AUGUACUUAAAGCCGAUCUUAACUCCGUUCAGGCCACGUCGGUCCCCUCUUGAAGAUGGCACGAACCUACCCUUGAAUCACGUACCGUGCCAAACAGCCGCGCCACGGUUUUCUCAAUUGUCACCACCUUCACACAUUCUCAAAGCCACUUUCACACCUUUCCACAUCGGCGCCCAAGCUCCAAACACCGCCGUAACUCCUGUACAUAUUAUCAUUGGUCCGUAUUUCGUAGCAUAA